GUGUUGUUAACGAAAACCAUAACGUUUCUGGGAACUUUGGGCGGACCCAUUUAGGACAAAUCAUCUAAAUUUGACUGUUUUUGACCAGUGCAACGAAUAUACCAUAUAUCAUCAUUUGUGCUGGUGGUUUUAAUAAUUUCAUGCGAGCUUUUGAAGGGUCGUUUUGAGGUCCCGGAAAGUGAUGGGGUUAGAACUCGCGCCCCUGCGGAUCCCGCUCCACCGGCGUCUGGAGACCUUUGCUGUCUUCCAAUGGUGGUUCUGCUUCAUGUUCCAAGGGCUGCUGUCCAUACUCGUAUCUGCCUAUAUUCUAUUCUUCACAAGCUACUACUGGAUCAUCCUUUUGCUUAUAGCAUGGAUCUACUAUGACCGUCACACGCCUGUCCGUGGUGGGCGCCCUUCCAACUGGAUCCGCCGCUGGAGGAUCUGGGUCCACAUGCGGAACUACUUCCCCAUCAACCUGAUCAAGACCGCGGACCUGGACCCGAAGAACAACUACAUGAUGGGUUCCCACCCCCACGGGGUCAUGAGCAUGGGUUCGGUCGUCAGCUUCGGGUCCGAGGCGUGCGGCUUCUCAGAGAAGUUUCCCGGGAUGAGGCCGGCCCUGCUGACGUUGGGAGGGUGGUUCUAUUUCCCCCUGGUCAGGGAUUACGUCAUGAGUUCUGGUAUGUGUGACUGCAGUCGUGAGAGUAUAGACUAUCUCUUGGGUGAGAAUGGGAAAGGCAAUGCAGUGGUGCUGGUUGUGGGCGGGGCUAUUGAAUCAUUAGAGGCCCACCCCCAUGCUUACAAGCUGUAUCUUAACAGGAGGAGGGGCUUCAUCGCCAAGGCGAUGGAACAUGGUGCCCAUUUAGUGCCAGUCUACUCGUUUGGCGAGACGGAAAUCUAUGAACAGAUCUCCAACCCCGAGGGCUCGUUUCUCAGGAGGUUUCAGGGGAUGCUUACCAAAUUGAUUGGAUUCGCCCCGCCCCUCUACCACGGGCGAGGAAUCUUCAACUACAGUGUGGGAUUCUUGCCUUAUAGAAAGAAUAUUAAUACAAUCGUUGGUGAACCCAUCCCGGUGGAGAAGAACCCCAACCCAACAUCGGAGGAGAUCCAAGCACUUCAACAAAAAUACAAAGAUGCCCUCAUCAAACUCUUCGAGGACAACAAGGCCAAAUACGGCGUGGAGGCGGAUAGGAGACUCUCCAUUAUCUAACAGCUGGGAUCAGUGCCUGCUGAUUUCUGUUACGCAAUUCCAAGUGUUACGGAAUGCCACUUCCAGAGAAUUUCCCAUUUUGAAUAAAGAAUACCGUAUACAUUGUGAUAAAAUGAGAUGAUAUAUCAACUAGUAUAAGAUGCUUUAAUGAUUAUAAUAGAUCACAUUUAUAAUGCGCCUAAUACUUUGUCUUUAGGUGCAGUAUAUAUAUAUCCUGGUCAUCGGAUUCAGG